GACGGUGGGGGCGCGCGGUAGGGAUUCCGCCGGCAUCGCGCCAUGGCGAGCAGGAGGCAGGAGCCGGGCGCCCAGGAGAACCGAGGCCCUCUCGCGCACCACGCCGCGCGCUCUCGUGCACACACACGCACUCCCUGCCGCGGUCGCCGCCGCGGCCACCAUCGUGGAUCUGAGCCCUGCGCCGGCCCCCUCCGCUGCGCAGCCGCACUUCUUCCCCCUUCCAGCCCGGUCUCUCCGGCGCCCCUCUGCCUUCUCCCACCUGCCCACCCCGGUCCUCGAUCUCCCCGCUGCUCUCCGUCUGUCUCGCCGCCGCUCCUGAGGAGCGGGAACCGGAGCCGGAGCGGGAACCGGAGGCAGCCGAGCCGGGGAAUGCCGGCCCGAGCGCAGCCGCGCGCCAACGGCGCGCCCGGGAUGCCUCCUGCGCCCACAGGCCCUGAGGCUCCAGUACCCACAGGUGGAGAGGGCAACUGAAUCCAGCUCAGGCUAAGCCCCACCCAGCUGUACUUCCCAGACACCCACCCAACUCUAGAGGAAGAAGCCUGGCGGCUCUUCAGGCAGCAGGCCUGGACUCCCUUCUCCUGAGGGAUCGGGUGACAGCUGUGUUUGGCUGAGGCUCA